UGAAGCUUAUCAGACUAAUGUGACGGAGCAAUAAAGUACAAUAUUUCCUUUUUAGAAUGUAAUGUAGUAUGAAAACAAUCACAGUCCACCACUGACUAAUAGGGCCUUUAAGUGGGUUAACUUGUAAUUAUUGAUAACAAUGAUGUGUCUGUAUCAACAGCUUCUUUUGGAUUGAUUUAUGUUUUCUUAAAGGACCUUGAAGGUAACAGAAGCUUUCUCACCCUCAUCAGAAUAAGAGUGUGAAGUGAUGACUGAUAUCAAUCAGUUCAACUUUGUCAGCUAUUCGAUUAGUUGUUAACUAUUAUAUUCAUCUAAAGUGUCAAUCCUUAAGAUGUCAGUCCUGGUUGAUCUCUGAUUCCAGCUUCUUGUUCUGGGUUCUUUACUCCUCUGUGACGGCAAACUGAACAUCUUUGAGUUGUGGACAAAACGAAACAUUUUAAGGGCUUUGGGAAACACUGAUUGACAUUUUAUAGACCAAACAACUGAUCGAUUAAUCAACGAAAAACAAUUGACAGUGAAAUGAAUCAACAGUUGCAGCCCUCUACAUGUUAUACGUCUUCUGUCACCUCGGCUGUAGAUGGAAACCAACCGGCUGGGAACAUCUUUCCUUCAGAAGUAGCGACAUUAAAGCCUUUAAAUGUGUUCAUGAGUUUGAUCUCUCUCCGGUACGGCUGUGUGUUCACGGUGGUUCAUUAAGGUUCUUUAUUGGUGCUCAGUGGCUCAGAAGAGGAAGAGAUAUCAGGCUUUGGAUUUACAUAAAUCUAUGGUUGAAUCUGCAGUAACGUCGACACAUCAUCUUCUUCUUCUUCUUCUUCUUCUUCUUCUUCAUUAGAGUCUGAAUGCAGGAGGAAGUGGAAGACGCUGAGGGACCAACACCGGAGGGAGAGGCAGCGGGAGAAGGACCGACGGGAGAGCGGCAUCGGGCUCUUUAACUACCGGCCCUGGAGAUACUCGGCCAUUUUGUCCUUUUUGAACCCGUUCAUCGACGCCAGAGCCGCGGGCUGCAACGGCUGGGCUCUGGACCCGCAGCCCUCCCAGCUCCACGCCUCUGAAAUGGGCUGCAGCACGACCACCGAAACACGGAGCGACGACGACGACAACUACGCAGACGUCUCUGUAGUCGACGCCACAACAACAACAACAACAACAACAUCGUCCUCAGAGUUUGUUCAGAGGAAGCGUCCGUCUUCCGCCGGCAGAGAAGCCAUCGGAUUCAAAGAAGCGAAGAUGGAGGUGACCUCGGAGAGCGCCGCCAGAGACGACUGUGUGCAGAUGCAACAGCACGACAACAUGAAGGAACUGUUCGAGGUGAUGAUGCAGUCGGUCACGUCUCUAGCCGCCUCCUUGGCCUCUUCGCACUCUUCCUCGCAGCCCUCAGAUCAGCCGAUGCCUCCUGCGGCCCUGCAGCCUGAUCUCCAUCACCUCCCGACGCACCGCGGCCCGCCGCUGCCGUCCUGCACCGCCUCCAGGCUGAACCACCUGAAGACGGAGGAGCAGGAGGCCGAGGUGGUGGAGCUGCUGGACGACCAAACCGACGGCGAGGAGGAGGAGGAGGAGGAGGAGGAGGAGGAGGAGGAGGAGGAGUGCGGCGCCGCGGUGUCCACCAGGCCGACCCGGGCCAAGAGGAAAAGCAGCGACAGUCUGCUGGAGGAGUACCUGAGGAGGAUGGAGGCUCAGAGAGACCGGGACCUGGACCAGAGAGACGAUGUCACCCUGUUUUUACUGAGCUUGGCUCCGGCCAUGAGGAGACUUCCUGCUGAGAAACAGUCGUGGGUCAGAACCAAGAUGCAGCAGUUUCUACACGAGGCCGAGUUUGGUGCUACGAGUUUUCAGUGAUCCCGAAAAUAUUUUACAUUUUUAUAAAUACUGUAUGGAUCCCAUAUUUGUGGACUUUAACAAAAAAAUAUAUUCACCUACAAAAGAGUUAGUUUUCUCCAUUUUUAUGAUUGUGUAACUUCUCUUUUCACAGUUUCUUUUGUGCUGUUUUUUAAUAAAAAAUCCUCUUGUGACUCGUUUAUAUUUUGAUAAAUGAAUUAUUAAAGUGAGGACGUUAAACAACAUUGAUCUUUCUUUACGUGAAGAAAACAAACAG